CCGGCCAAGCUGCAUUCGCACUCUCGCAAGCAGCCCGUAUGGUUCGGAAUAUUCAACCAUUGACGAGCUAACUCUGCAUCCUGGAGACAAAAGAGACAGCCGAUGCCGGAAUCUGGAGCAACCCGCUGAAGGAACUCAGCAGGUCGAACAGUAUCUUGGGGGGCUGGGCGGGGAGGAGACCUAAUGGACGGUUUCUACCCGAAACGUCAACUAUUCCUUUCCCUCCACGGAUGCUGCUCGACCCACUGAGUUCCUUCAGCAGUUUUGAUUUUGUUUACUAACCCUUUUAUUUGAAUUUGGAAGCCAGGUCAUUCUAGCUUCGCUUAACCUUCUACUUGCAAGCUACUUGCUAAAUUUUUUUCUGUAAGCACGCCAAGAACUCCCGUGGGAACCUCGUUUUUGGUUUUUGCAGCUCUUGCUCGUGAAAAAUGAGCUGUCCGCAGAUGGUUAAAAGCUGAUGAUGCAACGCAGCGAAUCUCAAGAUAAGAAGGCGCCCUGGCAGUUUAUGGGGGCUUUAUUUCGCUUGGCUGCAGCUUGUAUCUAGUUUGAUCUGAGUCGGAAUCUCUCUCGAAAAGCUGCGCAGGCCACGGCCCUGUUUGGGAACUUUAUUUGGUAAAAUGGCCAUUGCUUCUCGCGGUCUGCACAUAGCGGGAUGCCUGCUCUUUCUCGGCGUCUCUCUCUGGAGAGCAGCUGAGGGCGGAGAUCUUUUAGUGGUACCCGUGGAUGGAAGUCACUGGUUAAGCAUGAAGGCGCUCAUGGAUGAACUUGGAAAAAGAGGUCACAGUGUGGUCGUGGUAGUGCCCGAAGUGAACAUGAGAAUGGGCCCGUCCCCGCACUACACCACCAAGAUUUACCCCGUCCCGUACGGCAGGAGAGAACUAGAGAGCAUGAAACCAGCGAUUGUAACCAACACGUCCUUGUUCCAAAAAGUCGCGGGUAUUUUUCGAAAAGCGGGUAGUCUUCGGGACUUCUUCCUGACCACCUGUGAGAGUCUGCUGAACAGCACGGAGCUGAUGCGGGAGCUGGCCGAGAGAAAAUUCGAUGCUAUGCUGACGGACCCCUUCGUCCCCUGCGGUGCGAUCGUUGCCGAGUACCUCUCUCUCCCCACCGUCAAUUUACUGCGAGGAAUCCCUUGCGGCUUGGAUUAUUCAGCCACUCAGUGCCCCAGGCCACCCUCGUACGUGCCCAGAUUUUUCACGGGGAACACCGAUCGAAUGAACUUUCUCCAAAGGACAAAAAACCUGCUGGUUAGUUUCUUGGAGCCGUGGAUGUGCCAUUUUCUAUAUUCACCGUUCGAAGAGUUGGCCACCAGGUUCCUCCAGAGAGAUGUGAGUCUCGUCCAGCUGCUGGGCCAGUCUUCCAUCUGGCUACUGCGAUACGACUUCAUCAUGGAGUACCCGAGACCCCUGAUGCCAAACAUGGUCCUUGUUGGAGGCGUCAACUGCGAGGAGAGGAAACCCUUGCCCCAGGAGUUGGAAGAAUUUGUAACCAGUUCUGGAGAGCAUGGGGUUGUGAUCUUUACCCUUGGGUCAAUGGUAUCAGAAAUUCCUCUUGUAAUAGCCAAUCGUAUUGCAGAUGCAUUUGGGCAAAUUCCUCAGAAGGUCCUGUGGAGAUAUACUGGAGAAGUCCCCACUACGCUGUCACCAAAUACAAAACUAGUAAAGUGGUUACCACAGAAUGAUCUACUGGGACAUCCUAAAACACGAGCCUUCAUCACCCACGGAGGGACCAAUGGAAUCUAUGAGGCCAUCUGCAAUGGUGUACCAUCUGUUAUGCUACCACUAUUUGGGGAUCAAGGAUAUAAUGUAGAACACAUGGUAGAUCAUGGUGCUGGAAUCAAACUGGAUAUAGAGCAUAUGAGCUCUCAUGAUCUAGUAAAAGCUUUGAACGCAGUUAUCAACGAUACCAGGUACAAAGAAAACAUGAUGAUGUUAUCUGCAAGGCAUAAGGAUCGGUUAUUUGAGCCGAUGGAACUCUCUGUCCAUUGGGUGGAAUUUGUGAUGAAGCACAAAGGGGCAGAACACUUACGUCCUGCAGCUCAUGACCUUAACUGGAUUCAGUACCACUGUCUAGAUGUCAUUGGUGUGCUGCUUGUCUCUAUGGUGGCUUCCAUAUACAUAAUAGUUAAAUGUUGCUCAUUGUGUUGCAAGAGAUAUUUGUAUGGAGACAGGAAUUUGAUGAAGAGAAAAUCAGAGUGAAGUGGAGAUUAAUCAUUUUCUAAGUAUCUGAAGAUUAGCUUGUCACUAUCAUUGGUUACAAGAUAACUCAGUCCAUGAGAAAUAAAGCCUGCUUAUUCCUCCUAUUUCAUGAAUGAUAGGAGUUGAAGGGUUGGGAUGUGGGAAUAGAGGGUGCAUGGGGAAAGGAAUUAGUAGGCUGGUGGUAGGAGUGGUGAUUGAGGGAGUGUAAUCGUUUCAGGCAUCAGGAUUCUCUUUGUUCUUGUUAGAUUUUAUAUGUUAAAAAACUAAUUUUUUAAAUUUCUGUUUGACAUAGCUACCAUGGGAAUGAGCGGAAUGAACCAAAGCGUUUGAGAUAUUGUUUGUGAUUGUUAAUUUUUGACAUUAUAUAUUUCACAAGAUAAUGUAUUAAAAGAACUUGGAAAGUAGGUAAGUAGUAAUAGUAACAGGUUUACUGAGCAAGUUCAGCAAAUUCUCAUUUUAAAAUCUGUUGCACUUGACUUUCAUAAGAUUUUGUUCUGCGUAGAUUUCUUAACUGCACUUAGAAAUAAAUUACAUUAGACACCAUGGCUCUUUCUUUUAAUGCCCCUAUGAGAUGUACUUUCAAAGGUAUUAUUAUUACAUUUUAAUGAGUUUUGUAGAUAAGUCACAAAAGAGUCAUGAUAUUCUUGUUUACCUGACCCUCUCUUGUGCUACUGUGAAGAUGAGACAAUUGCAUUGUGCUUGACUGAGGCUAAGUUUAAACUGAGGGCCAAAGUAAUGGGAAAUCUGUAUGAAGAAAUGAUAGCCACACUGUCAAAAGAGAAAGCAAGAAACAGGGAGCCAAGGCAUCCCAAAAAUACCUAUGGAAAGAAAUGGCAAUAUAGAAAUAUGAAAUAACUUAGAAGUAAACUGAAUUUUAAUGGAAAAUGUCAGAAAAUGGGUUUGUUAUUUGAUAAGUAUACCUUAUGUCUAAGUUUAUGACGAGGUCAUAAAUUAAAAAUGGUAGGUUAAAUUGCUAAACAAACAAAUGGGGUAGCACCUAUAGUUUACCGGUUGAAAAUCUGCAGUCUGGUGCAGUGAAAAAUCAUCUGUAAGUUGGGUCGCAGACAGAAGAGCUUUGGCAAACCUUUACAAAGGAUAGAGAAAGGAAGAGUAGCCAGGAUUGCACUGGGACAAUUGAGGAUGAGGUGAUCAGCAGCAGGUGAGUUGAUUCAGGAUGGAAAUCGGCCAAGUUUACCGACUUCUUGUCAAUUUCAACAUAAGUGUGGUUCCCACGAGUACAAAGGCUUUCCUCUAAUCGCUCCAUACGGAUGAUCAUCUGCGGAAAGUCAAUCAAUGAGUACUACAUGGACUGUUGGUAAAGGAGGCUACUGGCUAGCGCCAGCUCUUGGAGAUUCAGCUCCCCGUGUCAUGGCAAGGCUUCAGUUUCUCUGACAGGCAGUCAGGGCAGAGGUUGGCAAUUUGGUGAUCACCAAAGGACCUGAAUCCAUCCAACUUCUGACAUGAAAUUAUAGUAACUUCAGGUGAUUACAACAGGAACCGUCUCAACACAGGUUAAAUGAUCCAACCCAUUAUUUGUAACUAAAGGAUUGUGAUGCAGGUGUAUGGUGAGGACAAACUCAGCUACAAUAUCCUCUGCCUCCCCACCACCUCACAAUCUCCCAUGGUCAGAUAGUUUGGUAGUAUUCACUGUUUGACUUGAUGCAGGAGACAAUCAUCUGUACAAAGCAAGUGGAGGAAAGCCUUUGUACUCAUGGGAAUACAUCCAUGACCAUUGACAAGAAGUUAGUAACUUCAGUCGACUCUAAUUCUGAAUCAACUCACCUGCUACUGAACACCUUGUCCUCAUCUUCUGCACUCGAUUGCCCUAGUGCACUCAUAACUGCUCUUUCUUUUUCUAUCCUUUGUAAAGGCUGUCCAAAGUUCUGUGACCUGUGGCUGAACUCACACCAACUGUUUGCCCAUUACCCCUGGCUUACUGACAAUCAUAUGUUUCCUUUUAAGUGAAGCCAUAAUUUUAAAGUUCACAUGCUUGUUUCCAAUCCCAUGCACAGCCUCUCUCCUCUCUAGUUCUGUAAUUUCCUCCUGUAACUCUCUGACAUAUGUGUGCUCCAUAAAUUCUGGCCUCUUGCUCCUGCCCAGGUUUAAUCACUGUAUCAAUGGUGUAAAUGUUUUUCCCUUUGGGCCAUAAGCAAGAAUUCCCUCCCUGACUUUCUCAGCCUUGUUACCCCCUUUUUUCUUCCCCUAAUCUGCUUCUUAAAACCCUACCUUUGUGACUAAGCAUUUUUUUAUCCACCCUAAAAUCAUUCUCAAAUUUUGUUUUUAUGUUUUUUCGAAGUGCCUUGGGAGACUUUGCUAAUUUAAGUUAUUAUAUUCUAACUACUAUAGAGUUCACCUAUCACUGAUCAACAAUGACAUUUACAAUUCUUAUUCUUGCUUUCAAACUUUUCCUUGGUCUUGCAUCUUUUUUAUCCUUGUAAUUUUAGUGCCCUAGGUCCUUAAAGAUACCUGUAAUCACCCACUUCCAGCUCUUUGAUUGUUGAUAACUAUUUUGCUUCACUCUGCUGCCAUGCCCUCACUAUCUGGGUGCUAUCCUCUGGAAUUUCCUUCCUGAACCUCUCUACCCCUCUCCAUCUUUAAACCCAGCUAUUAGUCUUGUCCUAAUAUUUCCUCACAUGACUUGCUGCAACACAGUGGCCACUGCCUCACAGUGUCAAAGACCCAGAUUCAAUCCUGUCCUCACAUUGAUAUGGAGUUUACACAUUCUCCCUGUGACUGUGUGUGCUUCCUCCAAAUGCUGUGGUUUCCUCCCACAUCCCAAAGAUGUGCAGGCUGAUAGAUUAAUUGGCCACUGUAAAUUGUCCCUAGUGUAGGGGUGAAUCUGGGGGGAGUGGAUGGGAACACGGGGAGAAUAAAAAUUGGGAUUAAUGUAGGAUUAGUGAGAAUGAAUGGUUGAUGGUCAGUGUGGAUUUAGUCCAAUAGGUUGAGAUGGGCCGAAAGGCUGUUUCCACUGUAUCUCUCUUCUUGGGAAGUAGUACUGCAUUAAAGCCACUGUAUUCUAGCAACUUACUGUUAUACAAGACAGUUUUAUGACUGCAGUUUUUCUAUUCAAUGAUGAUGCUCAGAAAUAUCUUGUCAUUAUUUGUGCAAUUAAGUGAUUUAAAACUUGUAUUGUGGACAUAACCAAUAUGGGAACUAUACCUGCCAUUAUUACAUUUGGCAGAUGCUUGAAUUCAGUGGGAAUUAGAACUCAACCAGAUGAGUUAGGCUUUUCUGUCAAUGAGCUGAUGAGCUUUUUUUUGUAAGACAGCAUUCACCUUUCACGAGUGCAUGCAGUGGAAAACUUGGUAAGUUCUUUUAUCAUACCUCUGUGGAAGGAGGCACGUGGUAUUUGUGAAUCAAAGCUACAGUUUAAAUUGGAAAACUUUGCUGGACAAACUCGAGGGGAGAAAAAGGUCCUGGUUGUGAAUGUGCCCGCAGUCCGAUUCUCUUCCUAUGAAACAAAGAUUUUUCCAAUGUCUUACAGCAGAGAAGAUAUUUGCAAAAUGAAACAAAGUUAUGUCAUUGAUAUGUCUUUUUCCCAAAGAAUUAGUUUGAUUUUUAACAUGAACAGGCAGGGAAUUGAGGGAUAUAGACCACAUGCAGGCAGAUGUCCAGUUUAAAUUGCAAUCAUGGUCAACACAGAUAUUGUGGGCCGAAGGGCCUAUUCCUAUGCUGUACUGUUCUACAUUCUAUAUUAGAAACUUUCCACAGCUGUUGCAGAAUACUUGUGAGCAUUUGCUGUACAACACAAAACUGAUGUAGGAGCUUGCUGUGAUAAAAAUUGAUAACUGACUGACCCUGUAUUUAUUGCUGAGUUUUAUUCCUACUACAAACUUGCUGUGAUGAAUUCCUUGCCAUUUUGAUAUUUCAUCACAGUGUCCAAAUCCAUUCUUAUACAUGAUCAAGUUUUCCACAGGGAGCACCAAACUUUUGGAGGAAGGACCCUUUCGCCAAAAGACAAGAAAAACAUCUUUGCCUCUUUUAUCUUAACCAGUGUUGUGCUAUUUCUGACAUUCUAGCCUCCAAAUUCCUUCACGAAAAGUUGACUCUAGUAGAAUUGAUAAAUCUAGCCAGUUGAUGUUUCUUUAUGACAAUUUUACAGGGUGGAAACAAGCAGCUGGGUAGUUACAAUCAGCACUGUUAUAAAAGAUAUUUUUAUGCCUGUUUUUCUAUCCAAUAAUGAUACUUGGAAACAUCUUGCUGUUAAUUAGGCUUGCUAUGUGGACAGAACUAAUAUGGGAAUUCUACCUGCCAUUAUUUCAUUUUGCAAUGUACCUGCCUGUUGGAUUUGAUUGGACUCUAGAUAAACACAUGAGGGAAAAUGGAAAGGAAUAUUAUGCUAAAAGGAUUAGAUAGAAGCGGCCUGUGAGACACUUACACAACAGCCUAGACAAACUGGGUUAGAUAGCCUGUUCCUAUGUUGCAUGCUUCUGAGUGUAACAGAUUGCAAAGAAAGGUUCAUUCCCAGUUGGCAGAACAAUCUGUGCCUUAAUACUUAAACAAAUAAAGUAUA